AUGAAGAAAUUUUUUUCAGAAGCCAGUUCAACAAGCAAAACAUCAGCAACAAAAUUAGCUUUAAAUCUCAUCAAGGAAAAAGGAAUAUUUGGCUUAUACAGAGGAUUAGCCCCAACAAUGGCCAGAGAUGUUACAUUUUCUGUUAUGUAUUUUCCACUUUUUGCUACACUGGAUGCAUUAGGGCCCAGAAAAUCACCUCAAAGUGGAGAUGCUGUUUUUUAUGCUUCCUUUCUUGCUGGUAUUGUAGCGGGUGCUAUAGCCUCUUUUUCAGUGACUCCAUUGGAUGUUAUCAAAACACGAAUUCAAUUAAUUGAAAAAUCCUCAACAGAUUCACCCCCAUAUAGAGGAAUAUUGGACGCGUUUAGAAAAAUUUUAAAAAACGAAGGCCCUCGUGCUUUUUUCAAAGGUGCAGGCUGUCGAAUGAUGGUGAUGGCCCCACUCUUUGGUAUUGCCCAGAUGGUUUAUUAUAUUGGUGUUGCUGAAUUUUUACUUGGACGUGAAAAGAGUCAACAUAUUUAA